AUGGCCGAGAAGGGCGUGAAGGUGUUCGGGAUGUGGGCGAGCCCUAUGGUCAUCAGGGUGGAGUGGGCGCUCCGGCUGAAGGGCGUCGAGUACGAGUACGUCGACGAGGACCUCGCCAACAAGAGCACCAACCUGCUGCGCUACAACCCGGUGACCAAGAAGGUGCCCGUGCUCGUCCACGACGGCAAGCCGAUCGCAGAGUCCACCAUCAUCGUCGAGUACAUCGACGAGGCCUGGAAGGGCGGCUACUCCAUCAUGCCGGCCGACCCCUACGAGCGUGCCCAGGCGAGGUUCUGGGCCAGGUUUGCAGAAGAGAAGUGCAACGCUGCUCUGUACCCGAUCUUCACCGCGACCGGCGAGGCGCAGCGCAAGGCGGUGCACGAGGCCCAGCAGUGCUUCAAGACCCUGGAGACGGUCUUGGAGGGGAAGAAGUUCUUCGGCGGUGAUGCCGUGGGUUACCUCGACAUCGUCGUGUGGUACGUACACUGGCUCCCCGUUACCGAGGAGGUGAUCGGCACCAGCGUCGUCACCGACAAGGAGCUGCCGCUGAUGAAGGCCUUGUUCGACCGGUUCCUCGCCGUUGACGCGGUGAAGAUGGCAUGGGCGCAAGCACUAAAAAGAAGGAAGCGGCCGCGCCUCCACCCGAAUCCCACCUCGCCUUCUCUCCCCCCUUCGCCUCCUCUCCCAAGUCACAAGUCCCAACGGAGCCGGCUGGGAGCUCUCUUGCCUCCCGCGAGGCUGUGUGGUGAGGCGCGGACGAGAUGA